UUUGAAGUCACCAGUCGCCACUACAUACAACGUGCUUCGAAGUACGCAUUUUACGGGAAGAUUACCUUUACCUCAACUCAAGAGCUGUAAAAGGAGUAGUUCCGGUCCUUUUAUCAGGUCAUCAAGUGACGUAAACAUUCACCUUCAUCACAAACCACUGAGAGCCAGGAUGUUAUUACGCCUGUUCUGCGGAAUUAAAAGGUCAUGAAUAAAAUGAGUAAUGGUGCCUGCUCAGCUAGCAAAGUUCCCCAGUUACCAACGCGAUGUUGCAGAUGUGCGCAGAGUGGGGGUGUUUCACAGUUCAGAGUAUAGAUGCAUUUUGAUGCAUGUCUCAACAGAGUCAGCUGAAAUUGUUUGAAUCUCUUGCAAAAGAAUGAAUUAAAUGAGCAACUCUGUUGCAGGCAGUUUUGAUGUAGUGUUUACAUUUUGGGUGGCCUACACUAUAGAUAUGGAAAGUGGAAGCAUACCAGUAAUUCAAUAUUAUACAGCCGCAGGACUAGUUCCUGCAGUACCUACUUCAGGAGAAAAGACAGGAAAAGGGGUACUGAGAGCCAAGUUCUACACUGAGUUGUGGUUUAUAAUACUUAUGGCUGUUCUUGGACUGGUCUUAUUCGCCAUCUUUCUGACUGUGCUGCUACGGAGAAAACUGAACAAACCUUUCGAAAGGGAAAGGCCACCAUUAGUACCACUCCAGAAAAGAACAUCACCAAUGAGUGUCUAUCCACCUAGUGAAACCUACAUGUUUGAUGCUUUUCCGGAUGUGUCAGAUUCAUCCAGUAAUGUCACUCUUAAAAGUUAUACAACGCAUUUGGAGGGAAUGACUGACACUAAAAUUCCAUGGCCUGGCCCUCUCAUUGGUAAUUGUAAUAUAACAGUACAUCAAGUGCCAAGUCAAAGCCACAUAAAUCAAACUUACGCUCAGGAUUCUCUGCAGCGCAGUGUUGGCCGUCUUGCUGACCGCCAUGAUAAAAAGUCAUUAACUGAAGAUGCCAUCUGGGAUACAGUUGUCCAAACCCAAGACAACAGUAUGUAUGUGGAAGAUGAAGAUUUCAUGGAUACUAUCAAAGGCAUCAGUACAGUAACUAAAGAACAUACAACAUUUACAGAUACACCCCUAUAGCAGUUGUCAGACAUGCACUGUAUGAUAACAAAUAGGAUACUGCUUUUAUUAAUGCCUGGGUUAAACAGACACUUGCAAUGCCACAUGUGAAGAAAGAAAAACAUUUCUGUGCUACUCAAAUGUACUGCAGACCUGUAGUAAUCAGAUGAAAGACUGUUCUGCCCUGUAUUAAGCCUUGUUACUUUGUUUAAACUGUACUUACUGUGUAAAUGUCAAAAUAUAUUUCUUUGUACUGAGAUCACAAAAUACGAAAACUGGACUCUUGAGUGCAUUGCCACCUUCUUUGGUAAAAACUCUGUACCCAUGAGCUACCACAUAGGUGGUAGUCUACUUAACACCGAAAGUGUGAUAAGAGACCUUGGGACAUAGGUGGAC